AUGGUGGAUUUUCCAGGAUACAGUCUGUCUGGUGUGGUUGCCUCUUUCUUCUUCGUACUGUUCACCAUGAGGCAGCCAGAUAGCUGGAGAGUGAUUGGUCCUGCACAUCCUAUACUGGCUAGGAUUGGGGAAGAUGCUCUACUCACCUGUCAAAUCCUUCCCAAGAGGGCCAUGAUGCCCACAAAGAUGACAUGGUACCGCUCAGAUCCCAACGCAGUUGUGUUUGCACAGUGGGAUGGAGCUGAUGUGACUGAGAUGCAAAUGGAGGAGUACAGAGAAAGGGUAGAGUGGAUAAAGGAUGAUGUUCCUGAGGGAAGUGUGACUCUGAAGAUAAACAACAUUCGACCAUCUGAUAAUGGGCAAUACUGGUGCUGCUUCCAAGAGAAGAACUAUUAUGAAGAAACAAGCUUGUUGCUUGAAGUAGCAGGUGUGGGAUCUUCCCCUUACAUCCACAUGGAGGGACCUAUAGAAAGUGGAGUCCAGCUUGUGUGCACUGCAAAAGGCUGGUUCCCAGAGCCCCAGGUCUAUUGGGAAGAUGCCACAGGAAAGAAGUUGCUGUCUGUCUCCGAGCAUUCCAUCCAAGAUGAGAACGGCCUGUUCUAUGUGGAAGCCACUCUUGUGGUGAGGAAUGCCUCUUUGGAGACCGUGUCCUGCUUCAUCCACAACCCUAUCCUCAAUGAGGAGAAGAGCUCAGUCAUCUCCAUUCCAGAGAAACUCCAGAAUGAGCUAGCUUCCUUAAAAGUGAUUGGACCUUCCCAGCCCAUCCUUGUCAGAGUGGGAGAAGACAUACAACUAACCUGUUGUCUGUCCCCCAAGACUAAUGCACAAAGCAUGGAGGUGAGGUGGCUCCAAUCACACCAUUAUCCUGCUGUUUAUGUGUAUGCGGAUGGGGAACAUGUGACUGAAGAGCAGAUGACAGAAUAUAGAGGGAGGACAGCCUUGGUGAGUGAUGCCAUCAAUGAGGGGAGACUGACCCUGCAGAUACACAAUGCCACAACGUCAGAUAAUGGGCAGUACCGGUGCCGUUUUGAAAAAGAUGGUGUCUACCAGGAGGCCAGUUUGGAUCUGAAGAUAGUAGGUCUAGGUUCUUCCCCGCUGAUUACCAUAAUAGGACAGAAGGAUGGAGAAAUAGAGUUGAUGUGCAGUUCAGAAGGGUGGUUCCCAAAGCCCCAUGUGCAGUGGAAGGACAUGGAAGCAAAGAUAAUACCAUCAUUUUCAGAGGUUCUGACUCAGGGAAGUCAUGGGCUUUUCCAUGUGAAGACAUCUCUAUUGGUCACAAACAGCUUUAUUGUGAAUGUAACCUGCUCCAUUAGCAACCCCCUUCUUGGUGAGGAGAAAAUGGCAACUUUUUCUCUCUCAGAGUCUAUGAUGACUUAUUCAUGGAAGACAGUGCUUAUUUGUGGAUUGCUUCUUGCUGCAGCUGUAGGCCUGGUCAUGAGGAAGAGCUAUAAAAAAGGCUCUAUUCAGAAUGGGAUUGCCAGAGUGGUCCAGCAAUAA